CCUUUUUCAUUCAGCUGUAACACACUAUACUAUUUUUAACUAUUUUUGGCAAACCAGGCGUAAUGCACACACACACACACACACACACACACACACACACACACACACACGUACACACGCACACACACACAAACAGACAAACACUCAGACACACCCACAUGGCAUGCAUAUAUAUGCCAUAGAAACGGCACAGCACUCUCAUACAGGAUCAUACAAAGACGUGGUGUAUCCUGCAAGAGCGACAGUGCGUUAGCUCUCUCGCACACACACACACACACACACACACACACACACACACACACACACACACACACACACACACAUACAGACUGAGCUAGAGUGAACCUCUGGACAGUGCUGCACUCAGACUACCAGGAAAGCAGAGUCGGAAAGAGGACCUGAGAGGAGAAGAGAGGAGAGGAGAGGGAGAUCCACUGCUCCAAGAGACAGAGAGAGAGAGAAAGCAGAAGAGAAGACUGGAGCAUGUGUUUCUCGACCAAGAACAUCUCCCCUUGGGACCCCAACAUCUGCAUACAGCAGGACAAACAGCUGAACUGAACAACACGCAGCUAAAGGACAGUUAGCAGCAUUAUCAGAUGAAGCAUAUUCUUUUAAAAGAUACUACUGUAGCACUUUUCUUGUAGAAUUAUUUUAAGAGCUAUAGCACUUUGGAGGCUGAAACAUUGGCAGAUGGGCUCUGCAUAGCUGGUGGGUGGCACAAGGACGGCACCUACUGAGAGAUGCCAGUGCCAGUCUAUGGUGGCACCAGAGUGGGCAGAGCAGACAUGCAGCCCCUUGACAGGACCCACCCGGAGAGCCUGGCCCUGCCCAGUCUGCUGCUGGUACUGCUUGGUCUGCUAGUGGCAGCUAGCGGAUGUCCCACAGUGUGCAUCUGCAAAAGCAAUGGCACAGACUGUACAGGCCUGGCUCUGCUCUCCCUAACCACCGUCCUGCCCCUGCUGCCCUAUGACACCCGCACCCUCCGCCUGCCCCACAACAACCUCUCCUCCCUAGGCAAUGGGGACCUGUCCAACCUAAGCGCUCUGGAGCUUCUGGACCUCUCCGACAACCACCUCUCCAGCCUGCAGCCGGGGGCUUUCUCCGGACUCAGCAGCCUCCAGUGGCUCAACCUCUCUGGUAACAACCUGGGUGACUGCCCCCUUCCUACCUCUCCAGAUCCCAGUAACCAGACGGAGGUGACACAGAGUAACGGGAGUCGCUGGGGACUGAGCCGAGAGCUGUUCCAUGGUCUGUGGACACUGAAAGGGCUGGACUUGUCCCUGAAUGGCCUGGUUGUUCUGCCCAAGGGCCUGCUGGACGAGCUCCAGGGCCUGGCCUGGCUGUCACUGGCUGGAAACAAGCUGCAGAGCUUGGACAGAGCUACCUUCCAGCCUCUGGGCAGCCUGUUGAGCCUCCAACUGGCAGGGAACCCAUGGGAGUGUGACUGCAACCUGAGGGACUUCAAGCACUGGAUGGAGUGGAUGCUGUACAGACACGGGCAGGUGGAUGCUGUGAAGUGCAACCUCCCCAAGGAGCUGAGGGGGAAAGACAUCCGCAGCAUCCCUAUAGAGAUGUUCAACUACUGCCUGCAGCUGGAUAACCAGGACAGGGUCCCCGGCUACGACGGGCCUCGAGGAGGACGCCCACCCUGCUUCGGUCUGAUUAACGGGCCCAUGAACGGGCCCCAAAUCAACCAAGAAGACUGCGUGCGCCAGCGCUACCGGCCCAUUAGCGUGCGCAGGGCCUGGGGGACUCAGAUCGUGGCGGCGUGUGUGUGUGGCGUGGUGUGCGUGUUGAUGGUGGUGGCAGCAACCUACGGCUGUAUCUAUGCCUCUCUCAUGGCCAAGUACCAGAGGGAGCUGAAGAACAGAGGGCAGCCGCUGAUGGCGGGGGAGGGAGGGGGGGAGACAGACGCUGAGGACGGAGCUUGUCUGUCCUCCCCAAUGUCACCAGAUGAGCCAGAACUGAAGGAGUCCAGCCCGAUAGUCCACGGAUACAGAAUAACAGGCUUUUGAUCAUUGUUUUUCUGACUAGCUGAAAUUCCUGUUAGAAGGAUUCAGUGGACUGAACUGCAUAUCGUACUCCUCUGUGCUAGGGCAUUCUAGGUGAGGGAAUGUAUAGAGCUGAGCAUGCAUAUCCCUGCUGCACUUUGCUGGUGGUGGAUCAUACAGGUGAUCGUAUAGAGGAAAAUAAAAAACGGGACAAACUGGAAUCCUGCUUUGCUUCAAGACGUGUGGAUGCUCUGUGAUUUGUUCUGCCCUGUGUGACUCUUUAGUCAGCUCUCCAACUGUGUGGUAAUGGUUCUGGCACCUCGGUUAAGAGACUUUCCUAGAAAUAGUCUUUGAAAUUGUUAUUAUUCUUUGAAGUUAUUUUUGUUUGAAGCAGAACAUGCCAAUAGAUCAUAGAUGAAGUCAACAUAUUGAAUAUCCCUGUCCAAUAUAUUGUAACUGCUCCUAAUGUUUUGCUACAAAAAUCCCAGGUAUAUAAUCCCAGUAGUGGUUGUCGCUCAAUUAGUUGGAUGAGAGAAAACCAAAAUACAGUUGACAUGAAUGUACUGAGAAAUUAAUGUUAGACGGAUGCAGUCUUUUUUGUGUAUUAGACCUGUGCUCAUGUGCAGUUGCUUAAUCCUCUCUCUACUAAUGUAAUAUUCCAAAUCAUAUCUUCAUUAAUCAAAUCUAUGCAGAGUAAGCCUGCUUUCAAUGGUCCAAAGCCAUAAAAUACAACAGCAUACUACUGACCUCUAGAGGAUGUUAUGAUAACAGCAGCUGAAGAGUAUCAGUUCCAUGGAUAGCAGCCAUAUUCAUUACAAACUGAAACUAGUUGUCAGCUAUUUCCAUUUAUCCAUUUCGAACUGUCAAAGGGAUCAUAAACACUGCCCUAAAACAGGUAUAUAUAACUAUCUCCUUAUUUAUCCAACCCUUAUUUUUGUCUCUAAGUUCAAGUUGAAAUCUCCGUAAGGUGAAACAGCGCCACUGGUCGCCCCAGGUGCAUUUGUUAUUGUUUUUGUUUUGUUUAUGAAAUGAAGUAGAGGAGCAUCCAGCAUCAUGGUAAAAUAAAAUGGUAGUACAUACUCUGCUGUUCUAUCGCGCGUGCAAUGAUGUCUGAGGGGAAAAAACAGUGUUCAUUGUUUGAAGUAAUGUCUUUGUUGUUGUAAUAUCGCAAACGGAAGUAGCAGUUUCACCUCUACGGAUUCCAGCUUUAAGGGCCAUACACACCCUAUGCAAGCAGAGCAACGGAGUGUCGUAUACAGUCCGUUCCAAAAUUUGAGCCACACAAAAGUAAAGCGAACUACGUAGAAAACAAUGCUCCAUCGCUGCGUUUGCGUAGUUUGCGUGGUGUGCAGCGGCCUUUAAGCACAUUCAAUAUUUGCUCUUUAGUUUUGCUCGACAAGACGAAGUGAGAUAAGUGAUAUUCUGUUAAUCAUGCUGACGAAAAUAAAGCAUUUAUUUAUCUAAGCUGCCCAUCACAAUUUAUUCCAGCUGAUUUUUUAUUGUAGCUAUAUUUAUGAAAAAAGCCUAUGAAGAAAACACCUUAUGAAGAUGUGAAAACCAUCACAGUUGUCACAGAUACACUCAACAGUAACCCUGCUCUUUUAGGGAAUUUCACAAGACAAAUGGAGUGUUUCCCUCUCCACAAGAGAAAGUGUGUCAAACAUUUAGCAGUAGCACCCCAGAGAACACUACUACCAGUAUGGUCACUUCAAUACACAUAGAAGCCAUAAGAUGCAUCAACGCCUCCAGCAUUUGUGUAAAGCA